UGAACUAUGUUAAUGUUUUAUUUCCAUGAGUUGCAUUGCUUGUCUGAAAAGUGUCUCUGAGCCAGCACAUUGAAGGAUAUGCAAAGUAAUUCGAGGGAAGGAAGGUCUUUGCAACCAUGAGGAAGAAAAAAUUCAAGUAUGCUGAAAGUGCUCCCAAGUCAUCGCCAGUUAAAGAUAUUCCAUCUGGGGAGAAUAGCACCCUGGACCCUCCAGAAUAUGAGAUUCAGCGUGACAAAGCAAUCAGAGUCAUACAGAGAUCAUGGAAGAGACAUGUUGAUAUUCAAGUCUUCAAGUACUACCGGGAACUUAUAAACUUCCAUAACCAGGGACUCCCACAUAUUCUGCUGAAACAUGUCAAUCCCAGAGAGGCAGACAUUCUUGAUCCUGGGGCAGGGGUCUUUAUCCGUUUUAGAUUGGGUGGCAUCACCUUCCCACCAAACAUCUACUAUAAGAUCUUCACUCAUCGCCCUGUAGUGGAUUUGUGUGCUAGCAGUCCCAAAGACUACACCCACGAGGCCCAGAGACAACUUGUUCCUCGACAGAGACAUAACCACCAUCCAGUUGUCCAUGAUGACAGGUCAAGCUGGUAUAAGCGUGUGGAAAAUAAUGGAUGGAGAGUGCUGGCAGGCAAGAUUAGUCAUUUCGGUGAUACAAUCACACAAGAUACCAGUGCAAAGAAGUUUGAGUACAAGCAUACCAAACUAUUACGAUGGCAAGAUGUUGAAAAGAGAAAGAAGUUGAGGAAGAUUGAGUGGUUUAAAAAAAUGUAUGAGGAGGGUAUCCUACGUGCUCGGACUGGGCACAAAGAGACUGCCCUGCUAGUGGAAAAAUCUACAUAUGGCAUGAUGUGUGUCGUGAAGCAGCUGGGAGCAGAUCACAUAGCCGAGUGGGAGGUGGACGAGCUCCUGGAGUGGACGAACGCACUCAACUUUGACGAGUAUAUCAAUGGAUGGAAGACGAUAGGCAGUAGCCAGUCAUCUGAAUAUGUGAAAGAUGAGAGACUGUUGCUGUCCAGACAUAACCCCUGUGAAGCCUCCCAGCUGACUCAGGAGGACAGCCAGUUUGUAACCAACAGCAGUGGCCUUCACCCCCAAAUAUCAAACAUAAUCAAGUCUGACCAUUCAUCAGAUUGUGUCCGAAUGCCAUAUGGGAAUUCAAGCUCUGGACGCUACUGUAUCAACAACUGAGCUUCACUGUGACAGCAUAAAAGGAAUUAAAGAAGUAGUCUAAUUGCGUA